AUGCCUGAUAAAAUAACUCCUAAAAAUCACACUGUCAUACCGAACGCUAUGAGUGAAGACGUUGAUAUAUCUGAAUCCGAAGACGAAAUGGAUAAAAUUCAGAAUACUUUAAAAAAUCAGUUAGUAAUGAACGAUAACUCUUCAUCGAGUGAAAGUAGUGAUGCUGAAAAGAAACUCCAACAAGACACAUCUAAAUCCAAAUCCAAAUCCAAAUCCAAAUCCAAAUCAAAGAAAAAGAAAAGAAUAUAUUGGAUUAAAAAACCCUUUGUAUCUCCAACAUCAACAUUUAUUGGAGGCUUACCACCACCACCUCCAAUCAAUUAUGAACGAGAUCCAAUUGAUUAUUUCUAUUCGAUGUUUGGCAAAAAAUCAUAUGGUAUUUUAAAAGAUCAAUCAAAUCCUUACUCUGUCCAGGUGAACCCAAACCGACCAGUUAACAAUUCAGAAACUGAAAUCCAUCAAUUUAUUGAAAUUUUGAUCAUGACCGGCAUGUAUUCCUUUCCUCAACAACGUUUUUAUUGGACAACCAGUACUCUUGUUCAAUCUAUCGCCUCGACAAUGAGUCGAAAUCGGUUCUUGCAGAUUAAGAAAUAUUUACAUGUCGUCGAUAAUACCAAUCAACCAAAUCAAAACGAUCCUGAUUAUGAUCGAGCUUCUAAAAUUCGACCAUUAUUGAACAUUGUGAAAGAAAAUUUUAGAAAAAUUUCGAAGGAGGAAAAUUUAUGUGUUGAUGAACAAAUUAUACCUUUCAAAGGUAAAAGUAUUAUGAAGCAACAUAUGCCAAACAAGCCUAAUCGUUGGGGAUAUAAAAUGUUUUUACUGACGGGUGGUGCAAGUGGUAUUUGUUAUGAUUUUAUAUUUUAUACCGGCAAAACCAAUGAAUCAAAACAUGGAUUGUGCACAGAUAUUGUUCUCAAACUUUCUGCAACUGUACUACGUAUGAUGAAUUUCAAGCUUUACUUUGAUAACUAUUUUACUACCAUUCGAUUACAAGUAGAAUUAAAUAAAUUGGGAAUUUAUGCUAUUGGUACUGUACGAACAAAUCGAUUAUCUGAUCUUGUCAUGAAAGAUGUCAAAACUUUAGAAGAAGAAGAUUGA